CGGCGCAGGUCUGGAUAAAGCUCAGCUCAGGAAUACACGGUGUAUUAUUCAUUCGGCUGCCCACGACCUCACUGUGAUUUAUUCAGUUUUGUUAUUUUUGUACCAACCCUGCCGGUCCUUUGAAGAAGCAGCCGGUUUGGUGAAGGACUGAAUAGAAUAUUAGUUUUAUUUCGACGCUCCAUCCUUCAGUUGGCGGGAUCCGGAGAGCCUGCAGAGUGGGAAUGGGAAAUGAUGGAGGAUAAAGGGCCCCGUGUAGCCGACUACUUUGUGGUUGCAGGCCUGACUGACUUGUCCAAGCCUUUGGAAGAAGAGUUGCCUUUUGAUGAUGGUGGUCCAAAGUCUGUGAAACCCAAAGCCCCGAUUACAGAUGUGGCUGUAAUCGUCCGCUCUCUGGGUGAGGAGGUCCCCCCUGGGUUCACAUGCGUGGAAAACACCCCCUCAGGCCUCUCCGCGGAACUGAAUGGAUCCAGCCUCAGGGGCCCGCAGAUCUUCUUGUGCUUCAAGCGAGGCAGAGAUAAGCCUCCACUGACAGAUCUUGGGGUUUUGUACGAGUGGAAGGAGAAGCUGAAGCCUGGGUGUCACAUCGUCCAGACAACCCCCUCAGGUCGCCCCGCAAACAUCAGCAGUUCGUCCUCACAGCGAAUCUAUAUCACCUACCGGCGUGCCCCAAAGAGCCAGCCUCACACUUCGCUAGCUGUCACCGAUGUGUGCAUCAUCAUCCCCGCCAAGGGGGAGACCCCUCCUCACACCUUCUGCAAGCUGGACAAGAAUCUUAACAGCAGCAUGUGGGGAUCAUCAGUUUAUCUCUGCUAUAAGAAGUCCCUAGCUAAAGCGAACGCAAUCGCAUAUAAAGCAGGUCUGCUGUGUAGGUAUCCUGAAGACGACUAUGAGUCGUUCCCGCUGCCUGAAUCAGUGCCGAUGUUCUGUUUGCCGAUGGGGGCGACGAUAGAGCGCUGGCCAGCCCACACCAAACACUCGCUUCCUGUCUUCUCCACGUUUGUCCUGACAGGGGCGUCAGGGGAAAAGGUGUACGGAGCAGCCAUCCAGUUCUAUGAGCCUUACUCAGAGGAAAAGCUGUCGGAUCGUCAGAUCUCACAGCUGGGCCUUCCCGGUUCUGAACUGGGGCCUGAUGGGACCAGAAGUGUUUACUGCAACAAGAGCAUCUGUCUGCUCUCCCACUGGCCCUUCUUUCAGUCAUUCCGGAGCUUUCUCACUUUCCUUUAUAGAUACUCCAUUUCCGGACCUCAUGCUCUUCCGAUUGAAAAACAUGUCUCUCACUUCAUGCAGAGUGUCCCCUUCCCUUCCUCCCAGCGACCUCGCAUCCUUGUGCAGCUGUCGCCACAUGACUCCCUGAUACUGAGCCAGCCCGUGUCCUCACCUCUACCGCUCAGCGGUGGAAGUCUCUCCACGCUACUGAUGAACCUUGGUCCCAAAAAUGCUGCUACUCUGCUUGUGUUGGCCGUCACUGAGCACAAGAUCCUGGUUCACUCGCUGCGUCCAGCUGUACUCACCAGUGUGACUGAGGCCCUCGUGUCUAUGAUCUUCCCCUUCCACUGGCCGUGCCCGUACAUCCCGCUUUGCCCACUGGCUCUGGCCGGUGUACUCAGUGCUCCUUGUCCUUUCAUCGUGGGUGUUGACUCCAGAUACUUUGACCUUUACGUGCCUCCAGCCGACAUCAGCUGUGUGGAUCUGGACACCAACACUAUCUCCCAAAGAGACGACAAGAAGGCUUUAACAUGGAAAAUUCUACCCCGGAGAGCCUGCAAGCAUCUUCUGAAUUCCCUGAAUAAAAUCCAUCAACAGCUUACAGAGGGGGGGCAGUUUGACCGUGAAGAUAUGCAGAUGGAGCACACAGUGACUGAUAGCGAGCUCAGUGGUGGGAAAAGUCUCCAGACUCUUGAGCUGGAGAUCCAAGAAGCCUUUCUCCGAUUCAUGGCCGCCAUCCUUCGUGGCUACCGCUCCUACUUGCUGCCCAUCACCCAGGCCCCCUCAGAAAAGACCACUGACGCCAGCUCACUUUUCGACAUUCAAGGUUUCCUGAAGAGCCGAGAUCGCUCCCACCAGAGGUUUUACUCCCUCAUGACCAAGACGCAAAUGUUCAGCCGCUUCAUUGAAGAGUGCUCAUUCGUCAGCGACAAAGAUGCGAGUCUGGCCUACUUUGACGAGUGUGUCGAUAAGUUGUUCACAGGAGCAAAGAUGGACAGUGAGCGGCCUGAGGACACCAGAUUGAUCGAGCUUGAUGAGUCAUAUCUCAGUGAGCACACGGUUUACAUCAACCCUCCGGAGCUGCCUCCACUACCGCAGGGAGAAGAACACCCGCUUUGUUAUAGCUAUGCUGGCUUCCCUGUGCUCAGCCCGGAGCUUCUGGAGCCACUGGAGGGACCAAAUACUCCAUCUUCAAACCUGACUUCACGCCACAGCAGCCCAGCCAGCCCAACGGCCAUUUUUAGGCGCUCUAAACAGGAGCUCAAAUCUGCACAGAAGAUGGCCAAAACACAGUCAUCUAUGCCCCAAAUGUGGUCCAAAUGUCUGUUACGUCACUGUUACGGUCUGUGGUUCAUCUGCCUGCCGGGCUUUGUCAACAGCUGCCACUCUAAAGUGCGAUCACUCCAACUGGCAUACGACGUGCUGAGGAAGAUGCAAGACAAGAAACUGCAGGCUCCAGAUGAGGUGUGCUAUCGAGUGCUGCUGCAGUUGUGUGGUCAGUACAGUCAGCCGGUCCUGGCGGUCAGGGUUCUGUUUGAGAUGAAGAAGGCUGGAGUCCAACCCAAUGCCAUCACCUAUGGCUACUACAACAAGGCGGUGCUGGAGAGCACAUGGCCGUCCACCACCAGGGGAGGCUUCUUUUUGUGGGCAAAGCUGAGGAAUGUGGUUAGAGGAGUGGCCCAGUUCAAGCAAGUGGGGAGAAAACAACAGACCCCGCACAGGGACCCUCAACUGUCAGACGGUAGCGAUCUUGACACUGUCAGUCACGGUAGUUUAGACAGCGCUAAUGACUCCGCCGAGCGCACGUCCAUCGACACAGACUUCAAUAAAAUGGACUCCAGCGACGAUGGAUUCAGCACAGGUGGACAGUCAGACCAGGGCUACGAUUCCUUAUCCAAAGAGGAGGAGAAAAUGUGCUGCAGGGAAAGCGAAAGCUUUCCUCGGAUCGAAGACAAAGAGUCACGGCAGCCUGGUCCUGACACCGAUGCUCCCAACAGCAGCGUCACACACUCCCCUGAAGACUCUCAUGCUGUAAAUUCCAGCAGCCACUUACCCAGUCCGACAUAUCGUGUCGCUCGCCGUUGCAGAUCAAAAACCGAGCGUCCCAAAUCUCUGGACUUGUCAGUUGGAGAUGGAAAACUAACACUUACAGUCCCUCAGCUCGUGAGGCAGCACCACCCAGUGGAGGACAGGCUGCAGGGGGUGGAAGAAGAAGGGACAGAGGCUAACAAGAGUGAGGAGCAGGAGGGCGUGGCACUUUUGAAGAGGAGCGUCAGCUGCAGUUCAGGGACCGUGAGUAGGACUGGUAUCCAGACUGGGUAUGACCCCCUGUCUCUCAUGGCAACAGCAGCACGCUCAGAAAGCGGCAGCAGCAACACGCCCACUGCACGCCGCGAGCUGGCCGAGGAGAUCGAGAUGUACAUGAACAACACCAACAGUCCUUUAAUCAACCGUGCGCCUAGUAUGGACCUCCAGCAACCAUCAAGCCCCUUGUUCCAGCCGUCCUCCUCUCCUCACUCGUCCCCUCGACCCGCCGCCAUCCUCCGCUCCAACACACACCUCCCGCUGCCCAUCAAACCAAAAGAGCGGUUGAGGCAGUCCCCGUCGCUUCCACUGGGGGUGCCAAACAAGGAGAGGCCUUCAUCUUUGGUGUCUCCUUCCUCGCCGACUCCCUCCACGUUCUCCAUGGAUUCUCUCUUCACACCAACUCUGGACAUCUUCAGGAGCAGCGUCAUAUCAGCGGGCAAGGGUGUGGCUGAGAAAGCCAGCCGCCUCUACUCGCGACUCUCCUCUCAGACUUCAUUAACACAGGAUGGAAACUGUGACCGCAUCAGCGUCUCCUCGCUGACCUCUGGAGACGUAGACUGUUCCUCUCUGCUGGAUCAUGACUCCAUUUUGGACCCGGAUGGGUUCACGUCCCCUCAGCAUGGCAGUGUGUCUCGACUCAGGAGGAGCCCAGUCAUUGGCCACAGCAGCCCCUGCACCCCCGACAGAGUCUUCAGACACAACUCUUUCUCAGGCGCUUUGGCACUUCCUCCCAAAAUCCCUCACACUCCUGAAUCCUCGCCGGACGCCAGUCGCUUUCAGCCCUCUUCCAGUUACACUGUAGAAGUGCUGAUGUCCAGCUGCUCCCUGUGCAAGACUUGCGACUGUCUGGUGUAUGACGAGGAGAUCAUGGCAGGCUGGACUGCGGACGACUCCAACCUCAACAGCUCUUGUCCCUUCUGCGGCACUGCUUUCCUCCCUUUUCUCAACGUGGAAAUAAGAGAUCUGAGACCACAGACCGGGACCACCACGAAGAGUAACCCUGUUGCAGAAGAGGACAUGUCUGAGUCACUCAGUUCCACCGGCAGAAUAGCAGAAUCCUCCCCCUCGCACACGCACGCCAGACGUUCUGCCACGUCUGCACCCGCCUCUGCAUCCGCUCCUGUGACCGUACCUUACCUGAGUCCUCUGGUUCUGUGGAAGGAGCUGGAGAGUUUGUUGGUGAACGAAGGCGACCAGGUCAUUUCUUCCCCGAGUGUUGUUGACCAGCACCCCAUCGUCUUCUGGAACCUGGUGUGGUAUUUUAGACGGCUGGAGCUGCCAAGUAAUCUGCCGGCUCUUAUACUGGCCUCCCAGCACUGUUGCCAUGGAGACGAGAGUCCCGCAGGCGUGUCAUCUGAGGACAGCAAGCAAGUGCUGGUGCGGAUCAUGUGGGACAACCUCCAGUUGCACCAGGACAGAGUUCAGCCCUGCUACGUCCUGUGGAACACACACUGUGCCAACUCCCUGGUUCGCUCAGGUCUGUGCGCAGAGGGGCAGCUCUUCACCGUGGAGCUGCUGCAGAGUUUUGUGAGGAGCAUCAAGAAGAGCGAUGUCCACCAGCCCAUGAGCCAGAUCAUCCAGCUCCUGGGCCCAGAACUGGGCUUCAAGAGGCAGAGGAGCCUGUACAGAGACCUUUUAUUCCUGGCUUUGGUGGCCCUGGGCAAGAACAACAUAAAUAUGAAUGCGUUCGACCGCGAGUACAAGUUGGCGUACGACCGCCUCACCCCCAAUCUGGUGAAACUGACACACAACUGUGACCGGCCGCCCGGCGCCGGGGUCAUGGAAUGCCGCAGGACCUUCGGGCAGCCCGGUCUGUGAUGGCCUCCCCCCGCUCCCUCCGCCACCUGUUCUCCCGUCACCGUCACUGCUGCUGGUUGGUUGGUUUCUCCGGAUGCUCUUCAGACUCAGGAUCACUUGAACGGGGGCGUUCAGCUCUAAAGCACAGGGGAACCAACAACACUUGACAAUAAAGAAUAACUGCCACUUUUGUUUGUUUACUGUAGAUACACAAAACACCUGUUGUAAUCACAACUGUAAAUAUGAAUGAAAUCCAUUGUAUUUUCAUGAUGUCUCACCUGUACAGCCAAGAUACACUUUAUGACAUAGUGUUGGAACUGUGAGUAACUUUGUGAGUCGUCUCAACUUCUCAGUGGUCCUGGUGACCGUGUCAAGACUGUUGUUCCCUGUGUGUGUGUGUUUCAUAUUUGCUAUAGACAUUCACCUUUUUACCAAGCACUUUGACCACACAAGCUUUUGCCACUCAUUCAUUUUGAGCAAGUGACUUGAACAGCGACCAAACUCCCUGUGCUGUUUUCUAACACUGCACCUACGAACACACGUAUAACCACACUACAGUUAUAUCCUCAAACAUAUCUAAAUCAAGAAGGGAGUUUAUCUUUAUGCACAUUUAUGUUACAUUCCACUGUUUGGUACCAAAAAUAGGGGAAAUAAAACUAUGAUUUAUUGACCAUUUGUAAGCAAUAGCUUUUAUAAUUGUGCUGUGUAACUGUUUUAUUGAAAGAACUCCUGUCGACACUUAUAUCACUUCAACAACAUUUUGUACAUUAGUGUCGUGUUAUAGCUACAGGUUUGUACUUGAUGUAAUUGAAAUGCAGGUAUCCGUGCACAAAGAGCUCCGACCUGCCAAUUUCCCAAGCAUUUGAUCAUAACAACAGUGCUGUGCGUCAAUGAAACCUCUGUGCCGUGCCGCAGUUCCACCCUCACGCCGCAGCUUCUGCCCUCUGAUGACCAAAACACGGGACGACAUGUUUGCUACACUAAUUCUGAUAAUGUCUCUGGAAGAAUAUUUAAAUUUGUAUGAGUUUAAUUUGUAUGAUUUUUACAUAAAAUGGAGAAAAAAAAGGUUCUACCCCGGAUGGAUUUAUUAUUUGCUGUUGUUCGUAAAUAAAUACACCUGUUCUCUGAACUCUUACUC